GAGACGAACAGGUUUGCGAACAUUCGCCUAGAGGACAUGCAAGGGGAUAUGUUUGGCCUUUGUAAAGAUCAACACGGAUGUCGAUUCCUACAAAAGAAGUUGGAGGAAGGAGAGCCCACGCAUCGUGACAUGAUCUUUGCCGAGAUCUAUCCUCAUUUUGGAGAACUCAUGACAGACGCUUUUGGGAAUUACCUAUCACAGAAACUUCUUGAAUAUAGUACUGAUGAACAACGAGACCUUUUGAUUGAAUCGAUCAGCGGUGAACUGGUAUCAAUUUCCUUGAACAUGCAUGGCACAAGGGCCGUACAGAAGAUGAUCGACUUUUUGUCAACUCAACGUCAAGUUCAGAGUCUCAUCAUUGCUCUGAAUCUCAACGUCGUCACUUUAAUCAAAGACUUGAACGGAAACCACGUCAUCCAAAAGUGUUUAAAUCACCUACCACCAGAAGACAAUCAAUUCAUUUACAACGCUGUUGCCGCAAAUUGCAUUGAAGUUGCCACUCAUCGACAUGGUUGUUGUGUGCUCCAAAGGUGCAUUGACCAUGCUUCGGAAUCACAAAGGAUACAACUUGUAACGGAAAUUACCUACAACUCGCUGAGCUUGGUACAAGAUCCAUUCGGCAAUUACGUGGUUCAAUACGUGCUCGAUCUGAAUGACAGUCGUUUCAUUGAGGCCAUCGUCCGUCAAUUCUUGGGUAACGUUUGCGCACUGUCGAUGCAAAAGUUCAGUAGCAACGUGGUUGAGAAGUGUAUCCGAGUUUCAGAUCCGGCCGGACGUCGGGCAUUAGUCGAAGAGUUAUCUGGCCGUCAGCGGUUAGAAAGGUUGUUGAGAGACAGCUUUGCCAACUAUGUCGUACAAACUGCUCUAGACUACUCUGAUCCUGCCCAACGAGCUCAGCUAGUUGAUAACAUCCGCCCUAUCUUACCUAUGAUUCGAAACACACCUUAUGGGAAGCGUAUUCAAAGCAAGAUCCAA